CAUCAUUUCAUCUAAAAAGUUAAAGCUUUGAAAAAUAUGUGUGGCUCGUGAAGCAGCCCCUCGUGGCUGAACUUCCAUUACUUUCAGCGGUCGUUAGCAGUUUGUUGGGUUGCUUCUUGGCGGCCCCACUUUCCCUCCAAAUUCCAAUCGCAGAGGAGAUGCCUCCGAAUCUUCUUCCAUCGUUGCCAAUUACACAACGGAAACAAAAUCACGAACCAGACGCUUGAAAAACUACAACCAUAAAAUAGAGAAAGAAAAAAAAAAUCAAAGUCUCCUUGUAAUUUGUGUUUAGAAAUAAAAUUCGGCGAGAGAGAAUGAGAGCUUUGAGCUCACAUUUUGUGCUUGUGGAUCUUCAGAACUCAUGGCACUCAGCAAACCAAAUCCCCACCUCGACCCUCUGUUACCUUCAGAACUCCAACUUCAUCUCCACAGUCUCUUCGUCAUUUCGUCGAAAAAGUCGUGCGCAUAAGCCAAUCGCUUCGUCCAAAUCCUCCUCCCCAUCGAUUCCGUCGCCGGAAAUUCGGAGGCCAUCGGAUCGGUUCUUUUCCGGGAAUGGGUCGUUGUCGAAUUCUCCGAAUUCGAAUUCGGCUUCCACGUCGCAGCCGCAGGCAGCUUCGGAGCUGGAAAUGUUGCUUGAAUUGUUGCCUAUGAGAAUGAAGAGUGAGCUGUACGGGCACGAGGAGAUUGGCGAGCUCGUUGAGGUUGUGAUGGAUUUGGGAAGGAGCCCGAUUGCGAGGUUUCCUUCGGGUGAUUGGGUAAUCUCAGAGAAGCCUGUGAACCACGAAGAUCUACGGCACGCUGUAUCGAAGGUUAGUGAGUUUUCAGAUGACAACCGUUCGGGUAUUAAUAACUCAUUACAUCGGAUAAGUGCUCUUCGAAACCGUAAGUUGCAAAUCAUUGGCCUCACUUGCCGUGUGGGACGAGCUGUGUCAGGAAGUGCUGAGGUCAUCCGCGAUUUGGUUGAGGGCGGAGGUUCUAUCUUGGUGAUAGGACCUCCUGGAGUUGGCAAGACAACCUUGAUCAGAGAAAUUGCUAGAAUGUUGGCAGAUGAUCAGAUGAAGCGUGUUGUGAUUGUGGAUACAUCGAAUGAGAUUGGUGGAGACGGAGAUGUUCCUCAUGCAGGAAUAGGUCGUGCAAGGAGGAUGCAAGUUCCUAAUGUUAAUAUGCAGCAUAAUGUUAUGAUUGAAGCAGUGGAAAAUCAUAUGCCCGAAACCAUAAUUAUAGAUGAAAUUGGAACAGAGCUUGAAGCAUUGGCUGCCAGUACUAUUGCUCAGAGAGGAGUCCAACUAGUUGGAACAGCACAUGGAAUGACGAUAGAUAACAUAAUGAAGAAUCCUUCUCUACAAAUCCUUGUUGGUGGAAUAGAGGUGCAAUGCAAUAUCUUUUUCUGCCACUCUGUAUUCGUUUAUGUUGGAUAUAUAGAUAAGAAAUGUCGAUUGAUUAUACCAGUUAUCAUCCGAAUGCAGAGUGUUACUCUCGGUGAUGAAGAAGCAAGAAAAAGGAAGGUUCAGAAGACAAUUCUUGAAAGAAAGGGGCCUCCUACAUUUACAUGUGCUGUUGAGAUUAUAUCUAAAACAGAGUAUCGUGUGCAUCACAGAUUAGAUGCAACUGUGGAUGCUAUACUGGCUGGAAAAACUCCUUUAUUUGAAGUCCGUCGUAUUGAUGCGGAGGCUAAUGACUCUCACAAGUCUAUUCCACUACCUGAAAAGAACUGUCUAAAAAUAUCUAAUUUUACUGUUAAUGAAGACAUUGAUGCUUCUGCUGACAUAGAGUCUGAUGGGGAAGAUCUAGAUCAUUCUCCUAAUUGGUCCAAAAAUCACUCCAAAAGACCCGGCAGCAAUAUAUCUUUGAAGAAACAAAGGUUACCAGUGUGUAUCUAUACAUACAAGAUCCUUGAGGCCGACCUGCUACAAGUAGCAAAGGUGAUGGGGCUUGAAGAUGAAAUAGAGGUAACUGAUGAUAUUGGAACAGCAGAUGCAAUAAUAGCAUCCAGUUCUGAAAUGAAGCAGAAUCCAUGGAUCCGAGGUGUAGCAAAAUUCCACCAGUUGCCUGUGUUUGUCAUGAAGUCAAAUACCAUGGCACAAAUGGUCAAGGCAGUUCGUAUGAUUCUUGAAAUGGAAUCAGUUGGGUCUUUGCCAAAGCAGCUAAUCAAGAAUCCUUUCGACAUUGAAAUUGAAGAUGAUGCCCCAAAAAGAAAACCAUCUUUGGAAGAGAUUGAUGCACUGGAGGAGGUUCGACUUGCAAUUGAGUAUAUCGUGAUUCCUGGUGGAGAGCCGGUAGAGCUUCUCCCAAGACGCUCUGAAAUAAUUGCCCGGCAGCUAGAGCUAGUGGCAAGUUAUCAGUUGGCAGCUGAAAAUUCAGGUACUGAGAUGAAUCCCAGGUUGCAGAUUCUUCCCAAGAGAUUAAACAAGAAGAAAUCUUCUUCUAAAGCUGCAAAAUCCAGUUCAAGUUUUCUGAAGGUGAUUAACUCAAAAUCCCUAACUGGCGGUGGAGGAGGUACCAGCGUUACGAGGCUGCCACUUUUAUCUGACCAAUAAUAGGAUGGAUGGAUGGAUGGAUGGAUGGAUGGAUGGAUGGAUGAAGACUCCCUCAAGCUCAACUGUAACAUAUAUUUCAAUCGCUGGUUGAUACAUGGCAUGGGCCAUUUCAUGUAUAGUUGUCGUGUACAUUAAGUAUGUCAAUUCAUGUAAUUAUUUCAAUUAAUAUGUAACGAACUCUUUGCAAUUAUUUAUUCUUCAACCAAAUAGCGCAUCAAAUCAAUAACAGAUUUUUCUUUUCUCCAAA